AUGUCAAAGCUUCUUUUAUUAACGCACCCACGCCAGAUUAUACUUCCUUGUGAUGAAGCUGCAACUCGUUCUGUCAUUUGCUAUUUGUCUCGAAGUAGAUUACCAUUCCAUGUUGAUCAUAUUUUAAACGCUGAUUCAUGUUCUCCUGAUCACUUACUCCCUGUUACUAUUCUUAAUGGCUCUAUUGUGACUGGUUACACUUCUUUGUGUCUGCGUUUGAGUAUAUUAAAAGCCAAUAAGGAUAUUAAUCUUAAUGGUUCUAAACUUACUUCACGCAGUUUACGACAUUCUUACUUAUUUUGGAUUUCUGAUACAUUACGGAAUGUAAUGCUUUAUUUCACCUGGUUUCAUGAAUCUACCUAUUCGAAUUUGACUUACGAACGUCUUAAAUCUUCUACACCGUGUUUGCUAACUAGAUUUAUUGCCAGACGAAAACGACAACAACAUCUUCGUUUUUUGGAAUCUAUUGGUUGGGAUAAAAUGAGUACAAGUGAUAUCGUGAAAGAUAUGGAAGCACUUUGUGUCAGUAUUGUUGAACUACUUGGUAAUGGCCCAUUUCUAUUUGAACGUAGUACACCUGGGAAGGUUGAUGCCCUUUUGUAUGGACAUUGGACUGUAUUUUGCGAGUUUUCAGAAUAUUUCGUUUCACUAAAACCUGUUUUAGAUAAAUAUUCCGCUAUCAGCGAUCUUAUCAAGCGUGUUGCUGAAAUAUGUGAUCAACCGCUUAGUUGUAAAUAA